AUGUCCAAACCGCUUAUGCGCAUCCCCUACACAGGGCCUCUCCCGCCUCCGUUGAUCAUCCCACCAUCGGCAGCGACCAAACACGGCGCCAUCGCCGCGCUCGCCCACUUCUUGACCUCCAAAUCUCCUGCUCCGACGACGACCAACUCCGCCGACGGUUCUUCUUCCCACAGUCAUGGCACCAAAGACAAAGAUGGAUCUGGGGCGGAUUUGCCAGAGCCAGGGCCGUCUCUACCAAAGAAUACAAAUACAAGCAAAACCGUGCUGUUGACCGGCGCAGGCAUCAGCGUGGCAUCCGGUCUGGCCGACUACCGCGGCGAAAAAGGCACGUACACCCAAAACAAGAGCUACCGGCCCAUCUACUUCCACGAGUUCGUGGCCAGCCACGAGGCACGCAAACGGUACUGGGCGCGGUCGUUUCUGGGCUGGCGAGGUCUGCACCACGCCUCCCCCAACGCCACACACUAUGCGAUCCGCGACUUGGGUCGGCUCGGCCUAGUGGACAGUGUCAUCACGCAGAACGUCGACUCGUUCCACCCGUUGGCGCACCCGGCUCUGCCUACGAUCGAGCUGCACGGCUUUCUGAGGAGUCUGGUGUGCUUGAGCUGCCAGCGGUUGAUGGACCGGGAGGCGUUCCAAGCGAGGUUGGCCGCGUUGAAUCCCGCUUGGGCCGAAUUCUUGCAGGACCUACUCAAAUCAGGCGCCCUCGACACCGAGGAUCCGUUGGAGCGACGCCGCAAGGGGUUCAGAACCAAUCCGGACGGUGACGCUGAUGUCCCGGGCGCCCCGUACACCACAUUCAGAUACCCUGCCUGUCCUCAUUGCUUGAAGCGGCCGCCGAUUUUGAAAGACGGGUCGAAAGGCCACGUUGACGUCGAUGCCGACGGUGCCUGGAUUGCGCGGCCCAAGUCAUCCACCUCUAGUGGUGGUGGUGGUGAUGGUGGCGUUGACAGUGUUGGCAUCCUCAAGCCCAAUGUCAUCAUGUUCGGUGAAUCCAUCCCUUCGGCUAUUAAGGCCGCAGCCGAAGCCGCCAUUGAUGCAGCCGGCAAGAUCCUUGUACUGGGCUCGUCGUUGGCGACUUACUCGGCCUGGCGGUUGGUUAAGCGGGCGCACGACCGAGGCAUGGGGAUUGGUGUCUUGAACUUGGGCGGUGUCCGCAAGGAGGAGGUUUUUUUUGAGGCUUCCCAAGCUGGUCAUUCGCAUGAGCAUGGGCAUGGGCAUUUGCAGUCACAGUCGCAUAGGCAUCCGCAGUCGCAUGAGCAUGAGCAGUCGCAUCCGCAUCCGCAUCUACAUACCACAGAUUCAGCCUUGAUUGUCAACAGAGACGUGGUCCGCGCGAGUUUGCCUACCGAGGAGAUUCUGCCCGGUGUUGUGGAUUACAUUUGCAACCAGAGGGGCCUAUGA